AUGGAGGGGAAGCUUAGGGGCUCCUCGGGGCGCUCACCGGACCCCACCUCCCGCCGGGCGGUCUUCGAGCCCGCGUCGGGCUGUCAGUGCCCAGGGCUGGGCGGGGUGGGCCCAGGGAGACUCCCAGAAGCGCCUCUGACCUUCCCGGGCCGCGUUGCCCCAGCCCCUCGCCCCUACUGCUCUAAGGAGCCCGGGGAGGCGCGGCCGAGCCCGGGGCUGCCCGUCGGACCCGCCGCGGGCGACGCGAAGCCGUCAGAGGAGGAGCCGCCCAAGAAGAAGCAUCGGCGGAACCGCACGACCUUCACCACGUACCAGCUGCACGAGCUGGAGCGAGCGUUCGAGAAGUCCCACUACCCCGACGUGUACAGCCGCGAGGAGCUGGCGGGCAAGGUCAACCUGCCCGAGGUCCGGGUCCAGCCGCUGGACGAGGCGGACCCGCGCAACAGCAGCAUCGCGGCGCUGCGCCUGAAGGCCAAGGAGCACAUCCAGGCCAUCGGGAAGCCGUGGCAGGCCCUCUAG